AAUGAGGGAAACCAUGACGUCAUCGAACCGAUGUCAACAAAGCAGCUCCUGAAUCACAGAACGCGCUCCAUGUCCACACUCAGACCCGGGUUCGGAUCCAUGCGGACCCGCAGCGCUCGGUGACGGUCCACACUCAGACCCCGGUUCGGCACCAUGCGGACCCGCUGUGAUCUGUGACGGGGCCGUGGACGCGCAGAAGGAGCCGUUUGUGCAGGGUGUCAGAGGAAGUGAUGUCGGAGCAGCAGCAUGACAGUCAGGCGUCAGCGCCGGUGUACGUGUACGAAUCCAAGGUGCACUGUGCCAACGUGCUGCUGAGCCUGGAGGAACAGCGGCGGCGGGGGCUCCUCUGUGAUGUCACGGUGCUGGUGGAGGGCAGGGAGGUCCGGGCCCACCGGGCCGUCCUGGCUGCCAGCAGCAGCUACUUUCUACAGGUCCUGCUGGGACACAGCGAGUCGCCAGGCAGCGCUGAACCCAUCAUCAGCCUGCCAGACAAGGUGACAGCUAAUGGUUUUGCUCCGCUGCUCCAGUUCGCCUACACCGCCAAGCUGGUGUUAAGUCAAGAAAACAUCCAUGAGGUCAUUCGGUGUGCCGACCUCCUUGGUGUGCACAACUUGGAGGAUUCCUGCUUCCAGUUUCUUCAGGCUCAGUUGGAGAGUGACGGACAGCACUCCAGAAAUUGCAAGGUGCAAUACGAUGAAGAGGAUACCGUCUUUUCCCAAGACGUUUCCUUUGAUAGCGGUUCAGAGACAAAGAAGGAAAGCUCUCUAACAGCUGAUGCUGCUUCUCCUCAUGAAGAUCUUCCACAAAGUCCAAAAUCCUGGAAGUACCAGGAGCAGGUUUGUGACGACAAGCACAAUGGAUUAGGUCAACAGACCAUUCCCACUCUAACCAGUUCAGAGUUGACAGACUCCGGUGCUGCUCCCCAGACCCUUCUCAACCCCUCCAGGAUUAAAGAGGAGCCCUUUGAUGAAUCAGGACACGAGAGGAACGGCUUCAACGCAGAGUUUGGUACUGAAGAGGUUCUGGAGAUGGAGCUGGAAGUGGAGGGAGUUCCAGUUGCAGAUAAGCCGUCUGCGGAUGGGGAAUUAGCCUCGUCCUGCCUACGUUCAUACCUCCAGCGAGGCAGCCUGGAUCUUGGCACCAUGACUGGCAGCACCAUUCAGCAGCUUCUCUCCAACCAUCUGUCCAUCAGCCACUACAGGGAGCUGCUCAAAGACAGGCAGAGGAGUAAGAUGGACUCUCUAAGCCAAUCCAACCUCAACCUCAAUGAUAGAGACAUGCAGCAAUCCAAGACGUCUUCGUCUCGGUAUGAAGGCGAGCCGGACAGAUGUACCGUCAUUUUCUCCUCUGCUGCUGGUGAGCAACCUUUGUUGUCCAACAGAGAAAAAACCUCAACCAUGGAGCAAGUGGAGACUUCCUCACCUCAUCUGACAUGCCUCACCAGCUCUCCUGUCUCCAUCAAGACAUUAGCUGCGUCUCCUGUACCAUCCGAACCCCAAACUCAGACUCCCAGCUCCCACUCCUCAUAUCCAGAUGACAUAGCCACUGGUAGCUCGCCAUCCAGCCUGGCCUUUGACCUCUCUUCUGCCCCACAUGUCAGCUCAGUCUCGGCUCUUCCUCAUUGUCUGGUCGGAGUGGUGGAAGCCCGGACGCCACUCAGAAGUGAGGUUGUCUUCAGCCAGGGCCACAUCAAGAUCAAAAGUGAGCAGGAGUUUGGUACCAGUGGAGGGAACUCCAGCGAUGAGUCCGAAUCAUUCUCAGAAGAUGACAGUGAAGGUGGAUCCAGAGUCUCUGGCCCUGAGGUGAAGCUGCCGUUCCCUGUGGAUCAGAUCUCCAACCUGCCUCGCAACGACUUCCAGGUCCUCAUCAAGAUGCACAAACUGACCUCAGAACAGCUGGAGUUCAUCCAUGACAUCCGGAGGCGCAGCAAAAACCGGAUCGCUGCUCAGCGCUGCCGCAAGAGGAAGCUGGACUGCAUUCAGAACCUGGAGAUGGAGAUCCGAAAACUGGUGUCCGAGAAGGAGAAGCUGCUGAGUGAGAGGAACCAGCUGCAGGUCUGCAUGUCCGAGCUCUGGCAGAACCUCUCCUUCCUCUCGCAGCAGGUGUGCAGAGAGGUCCAAACCAACCAGACUCCGCCCGCCUCCACCACCAUCGACCUUACCUCAGAUUCUUCGGACCAGGAUCCCGUGAAACCCAGAUCCGGCAUGGUUGGCGAGAACUCUGAGGAGCUGGAGAGCAGACGGAAAGUCCAGGACGUGUUCGGUCGGAAGGAGCAGAACUCAGACGGUCCAGUGGUUCUGGUAUCCAGUGAGGAAUUGUGUAGCCCCACAGUGACAGUGGAUUUCUGUCAGGAGAUGACGGUGAAGUGCACAACGGAAGAGCCGGACACGCAGGACUCGUCUUGAGCAGAACUGGUUUGUUUACCUGUCUGACACACCUGUGAUCUCAUUAGUACUAACGGAGGUGGGCUUUUUUUUAUUUGGACAGGUGAGAAUGAGCAAGUCGGCAGCUUAUUUCCUAUUUUUAAACGAUCCAUUCUCCCGUUUAUCUCGUUUUUUUUUCUCAGGAAAUGUACAAACUGUUCAGUUUUCUCCUCCUUAACUUCUCUUUAAGUAUAACAAAAAUAAGUGUAACUGGUUUAACCUGAGGACCAAACCAGAUUCUGUAAAGGUGAGGAAGCCUCAGAGCUGCAUGUACGUCUAAAAAAGAAAACCAGUUUAAAACCAGUGAGAGCUGCUGUUUACAAAACGAUUCAACUUUGACCUGCUGAUGUCUGUCAAAGAGGUUCCAGCUGUUGUGGUUUUCUUGGAAAACAUUGAAGUACUGACAUAUACACUGCAAAAACACAACAGUUUACAAGGUAUUUUGGUCUAGUUUUUAGUACAAAAACUUUAGUACAAGUAAGAUAAGAUAAAACUAACUUACAAGUACAUUUUCAGCAGGAAAUAGGUCAGUAAUUCUUCAAAGUUAAUGAAAAAGUUCUACUUUCACUGGUAGAUUGUUUCACUUAUAACAAUACAUUCCCCCCAUGUUAUAAGUGAAAUAAUCUGCCAGUGGAAAUAGUACUUUUCCCAUCAACAUUAAGGAAUUAUUCACCUAAACAAGCUCCUGUUUCUUGAUGAAAAGUUACUUGUAAGUUAGUUUUGUCUUGCAUGAGGAGCUAGACAAAAAAAUCUUGGUAAGAUUUUGUGUUUUUGCAGUGAUACUAGCACAAUAGAUUGAAUCAAAUUCUGCCUACUUCCAUUUUGUAUUUGUAAACAAACAGACCGAUUUAAACUGAUCAAAAGUCAGUUUACUUUUCAUUAUUGUUGAAUAUUUUCAUGAAUUAUAGAGUUUGAAAAUGUGAAUUUUGGUCUGUAACUUCAUCCCAAUUUGGACCAAAAGGUUCUUAUAAAAUAUGCCACGUUAAACUCUUGGGUGACCUUCUGUUGGCAGAUAUCAUUAUUUUUAAGGUGAUAUUUAAAAAAAUCCCUACAGUAGACUACAUUUAGUGUAAAAAGUCUGUAUGAACUGAGAAUAUGUCCCUUGAACAGCAUACAAACGACUGAGAUGACCAUCGCCUAUGAAAACAAAAAUCACCUCAUCAAACUUAAGUUUAAAUUCUCAUCGCCUCAUAAGGAGCUAAUUCAGCACAAAAAAACAAAACCAAAAAAAAAACAAUAAAUCUGUAAAAUCAGAAGACUAAUGUGAAAAUAUAUCGCAAAAGAGGAACUCCCAUCUUACUCUUUUGGCUAUAAUGUUUGGCUAUAAUGUUAUAGCCAAACAUUAUAGCAAUGUUUGGCUAUAAUGGACGCCACUAUGUUUGAAAAUAACGAGAGAAAAAAAAAUCAGCAAAAUCAUCACAAUUCUUCACACACCAGCUGUUUAGGACGGUGGUGGAGGACGGAUGACAACUUCUAGUCAUUUAUUCUAAAAGCUAAAUAUCGGAUCAAGCUGGAUCUUAAGCGUUAACACAUUCGGCUAGUCUUUAUUUAAAAAACCGGCUGAAACAGAGGAAUGACAGUGUUGCCAUGGCAACAUCUGUGGGUCGGCCCUAGCAACGGUUUACAUUCCGGCUCGGUGUUUUCAGUAUUUCUCACCUCAGUUCACUCUCAUCUGUUCAGUAUGAAAAUCAAUGUGUGCAUCGCAGCGGUUAAAUUGUUUUUACAAACUGCCGCAGUUUAUUGGGACUUCCUGGAAAAUGGGGGUUACCUCGAAACGGCCAGAGUGGCGUUUCAACAACAGAAAGACUUGGAUGGAAAGUCACGUUUUUUUCUGUUUAGUGAAGCAGUUGUUGUCGCAGCUUGACCGGAAGCAUGAAAUCAAUCCUCUAAACGAAAUCAUUUGAUAACUGAUCGCUCUGAUCAUCAAGCACAUCCUGGUUUUUGUAGACUCUCACUGCUGCCCCCUGCUGGAAACAACAUUACACAUAUUUUCAUAUUGUCAACUUCCUAAAAA